AUGGACUCCAAUGGGAUGGUUCUAUGCCCUUGUUGUCGUUGCGUGAAUAAGAAAUCACAAUACAUGCAUGUGAUAAAGUUUCACUUGAUCACUCAUGGAUUUCUUAGUACUUACACAAGGUGGUAUCACCAUGGUGAGCAAGUAGAGGAAGUAGAAGAUGAUGGAUUAUUUGAUAUCGAGGAUAAUGUUGAAGAUUCGGAUCAGAGUGAUGAUUUGGCGGCAGGUCUUCAUGAUGCUAUUGGUAGUAAGUAUUUUGACAUUGGUCCAACUAGUGACUUCAAUGAUGAAUCUCCACUUAAUGUGGAUGACAAGUAUGAUGCAUUGUUUGAGUCACUUCAUAAGCCUUUGUACAAUAAUUGUAAAGGUUUCUCUGUCUUAAGCGCGACGGUGAAGUUGAUGAUUCUCAAAGUGCUUAACAAAUGGACAGAUAAAUCAUUCGACAGUCUUUUGGAGUGUUUGAGAGAGGUAUUUCCUGAGGUGUCAUGUCCUGUAUGCAAGUAUAGUCGUUAUGUACGAAAUCAAAUCCCACAUAAACGACUUAGAUGGUUCCCAAUCAAGGCACGACUUAAGAGAAUGUUUAGUUCGAAGCACACUUCUAAAGAUAUGCGAUGGCAUAAAGAGGCACGGAAAAAUGAAGCCGGGAUUUUACGUCAUCCUGCUGAUGGGGAUGCUUGGAAGCAUUUCGACAAUGUGUAUCCUGACUUUGCAGCUGAUUCUAGGAGUGUACGAAUGGGGUUGGCUUCAGAUGGGUUUAACCCUUUCUCUAAUAUGACAUCGACCUAUAGUUUGUGGCCAGUGAUAUUAAUUUCGUACAAAAUGCCACCUUGGGCUUCUCCUAAUGGAACAAACUAUCUCAUGUCUUUGUUAAUUCUAAGCCCUAAAUCUCCUGGAAAAGAUUAUGAUGUGUUCUUGAUGCCAUUAGUUGAAGAGCUUAAAGAGUUAUGGGAUGGAGUCAAUGCAUAUGAUUUGUAUGGUCAAUGCAUGUUUAAACUUCGAGCUGCAGUUUUGUGGACAAUUAGUGAUUUUCCUGCUUAUGCAUACUUGUCUGGGUGGAGCACUGCUGGUAAAUUAGCAUGUCCUGUUUGUCUUGAAGAUACAAGAUCUAGAAGAAUAACUGACAAACAAUGUUUCAUGGGACAUCGAUGUUAUUUGAAAAGAAACCAUUCUUGGAGAAAAAGUAAAGAAUAUGAUGGAUCUACUGAAUUACGUGGCCCUCCUAGAACUUUUACUAGUGACGACAUUUUAAAGCAAUUGGAUGAAAUUCCUAUUCAUACCCCUGGUAAAGCACCAAGUAAUUCUUCUAGAAAAUGUAAGCGUGGAGAGAAAGAGCUGAAUUGGUGUAAAAGAAGUGUUUUGUUUGAAUUUCCAUACUGGUCAAAGCUCUUGUUGCGUCACAAUCUUGAUGUGAUGCAUAUAGAGAAAAAUGUAUGUGAUAACAUUAUUGGAACACUUUUAGACAUUGAAGGAAAAUUGAAAGACACUUUAAAAGCUCGUAAGGAUUUACAAAAUCUUAAUAUUCGUGAAGAGCUUUGGUUGAAGAAGGACCUAUCUAAUAACAAGCUUGACAAACCUUAUGCUAGUUACACUUUGACAAGAGAAGAAUGCAAAGAUUUUUGUAAAUUCAUUCAGAGUGUUAGAUUACCGGAUGGAUAUGCUUCGAAUAUUAGUCGAUGUGUAACAGAUAAUGACAAACUAGGAGGAAUGAAAACUCAUGAUUGUCAUGUUUUACUUCAUAAGAUAUUACCAGCUGCAUUACUUCCUUUUCUGACCACAACAUUCGUGGUACUUUGA